GGUUCAAAAAAAAGACGACGUUUUCCCCGUUGUAGGAGGGCGUCGCCUAUCGUGGGCCGCAUCGUGAUCUCGUUUCCAGGAAAACAGAUUUUCCCCUUUCCCGCGAACCAGCUUUCCCUUCUCCCGCGAACUCUGUUCUCGCGCGCGAACGAAAUCAGAUCGAGCGCGCCUUCUUCUCCACGAUUUGUUCAUCCUCCACUUCUCCUUCUCCACGACGCCCUCUCAAUCGAACCAGGAUGUGUUCAAUCUCUCUCCUGGUGUAGCCUUUUUUCUGCUGUUGAGAGGAUGGGGCGCCAAUCCACGAGGGUCCCUACGCCGCCGCCGCCGCCGCCGGCACGGGAGCCUCACCAGGUCACCACCACCGAGCAAGCAGCCGCUGUUCCCCACUUCAGAGCGGCCUCUUCAUCAACGCAAGCACCGCCGAUGGACAAGCAGGCAUGGAACGCUGCGGCCGCUGCCUCCGAGUUCUUCUCCCCAACAUUACAUUGGGGGGUGGAUCCCCGUCCGCCGGGUGGUUUCGUAAGCUAUUUGGGAAAUCCAUCAAGUUACCCGCUUCCACAACAGCCGCCUAAUCAGCAGGCCAUGUUGCAGCAUCUCCAUUACUCUGGUGGUCCUUCACACUAUGUUCCAUGUCCAGCACCACAACCAUCACCCUCACUUCGCAAGUCAAGAACUCCAGUUACACCUUCUGGUUCACAACAAACCAUCAAUGUUGACGGUGAGGAGGAUGGAGAUAAGAGGACUGAGAAGCGACUUGCUUGGACAUCACAGGAGGAUGUAAGAUUGAUGAGCGCCUGGUUACGUUGCUCGACUGACCCAAUUAAUGGCAACAACAAGAAGAGUGAUCAGUAUUGGGGAGAUGUCACUAACGUGUACAACAGCACCACUCCAAAAAAUAGGACAAGACAAGUGAAGCAAGCAAAAGACCAUUGGCAUACUCUUAAUAAGCUAGUCUUCCAGUUCCAUUGCUGUUACGUGCAUGCAUCCAUUUUCUUCUAUGGCCGACUCAACUAAAACAUGAUCUAAUUAAUCAUCGACACUUAACACUAAUAACAAGAUUAGUUCCAACGGAACCCAUCGCGCCGGCGGUCGGCGGCCGGCGCCGCGGGGAGGGCGCAGAUGCUGUUACGAACCUGGCUACUUCUCAAUCAGACAAAAAUGCUGCCCUCUCGGUUUCAUAGUAGUGGUGCCCCCGAUCCAUUGAUCAUGCCAUAUCUCAGUGGUCCCUCGAUCACUCACUCAACGAACCAGCCCUUGCUGAAGAGCUUUUCUCCCAUGAAUUAUCGCACGCCACAUUGUAGAUGAACUCGUCGGGCACUCGGCCAGGAGAAAAUCAUCUUGUGGGCGCAGAUGCUGUUGCAGCAGCGGCGACGCGCAACACAGAUGCAGCCAAGCAGCAAACCUUGCCGGUGAGCUCCGUCGCCAUCAGGGCACCGACGUGGGCAGCAGCGCAUGAGCGCGGGAUGGCCGGCGGCAGAGUACAGCCGAGCUGGGUAUGGCAAGGGCCUAAUUGCAUUUUUGUUUUCUGAUUGAAGGGUGCAUCUACAAGAAUAUCAGGGACUAACAGUUAUGCCAUAUCAGCUCUUGUGGGGCCCACUUGUCAUAAUCGCGGUUAAAAUGCCCAAAUGGACCGAUCAGUGUUUUUGUAAAAGAUUAAGCGAAGAAUCGGUGGUUUUUGACCCAAAUUCGUAAACCAGUGUUUUCUGCCAAACUAUGUGAUAAUGUGGUGGUUUCAUGCA